GCGAACGUAUACAGGGCUCCGGAAACAUGGCGCCGGCGCGUGCGCGGAGGUUCUGGCACACACUGGCACUGCCAGUGUUACGCAAUCGUUCGCGCAGGCACCUGAGUGAUACACCAUGAUUCUUGCACACCUUUUGCGCCCAGCUCUCCUCACCCAAAAACCUCCCUCCUUAGGAUGCAGAUCUUUUUGGGGGUGGCUGAAUGCAGUGUUUAACAGAGUUGACCAUGAACGUAUAAAGGACGUCGGCCCUGACCGAGCCGCCUCAGAAUGGCUCUUGCGCUGCGGGGCCAAAGUGCGCUAUACAGGAUUUGAGAAGUGGCAGCAGGACUAUAAUGGGCUCCCGACUGGACCUCUGGGGAAAUACAAGAUUCAGGCUAUAGACGCCAGCGAGUCCUGUAUUAUGUACAGAGGGUUCGACUACCUGGACGGCCUGGAACAGCUUGAAGAAAUAAAGCUGUAUAAGUGCAUAUAUAUCGAGGACGCUUGUCUGCAGAGAAUAAGCAAGAUAGAGAACCUACAGCAAAGUCUCCGGAGACUGGAGAUCAUCACCUGUGGAAAUGUAACCGAUAAAGGAGUCAUCUCUCUCGCGUCUUUGAGGAAUCUGGAGUAUUUAUUUUUGAGCGAUCUUCCAGCGAUCAAACAGAGAGACGUCACCAUGGAGCUUCUUCAGAAAUCCAACCACUCUCUGCGCAUAGAGUUAGACCUGGAUUAGCAGUCUCGGCCCGAUUCUGUGCUGUUUAUCAGUGCCUACAAAGCAGACCCUUAUUAAUGAAAGCUUUGGAUUUAGAAGACCCGUAUGGAAUACGCAGGUCAUUUGAGGUGGACUUCUUCUCUCUAUGCACGUUGUAAUAAUGCAGGGUGCCAGAGCAGGAUAAAGAGUAUAAUGCAUAUAAAAUGGCACCCAUACCAAUGCUCGAUUGAAACUUAAAGGCUUAAAUAUAUUUUUUAUGGUCUCCAAAAUAAAUAAACAAAAAUACUGACCACGCCGUGAUCAGACCAACUGA